GUCUCAUUCUAAAGGUUCCCCAGAGUCAAGAAAGCUGAGCUGUUUCAGAGCGCAGGGAACUUUCCGCAAGCUCUCUCGGCUUGGUCCCGCGCGCCCAGCCCUGGCUUGCGGCGCGUGUGAGGACUGCUCCUAGGCCACCGAUUGGAAGGGAGUCGGUCUGAAUUAGGGAAAGGAGCCAGCUGCCCCCAUCACAUCAGCAGGCUGUUCCCCGCUGUACCCCUCGACCCUGAGGGCGGUGCUGACUGCUCUUGCUUGUCAAGCAGAGGCUGGGGCUCGGACGGUAACGUCAGUUGGUGUGGUGUUGGCUGGUGGGACAGGGACAGAUCUGCAUUCAAAGCAAGUUUCCGCUACCGCCAGAGCCCUUAUUCUUCUUACGGUUUUCAAGCUUUGGGUGCCAGGGUGGCAGGAACUCUACAAACUGAACCUCGGAGAUGAGGGCUUCCUUCGCACAUCUCGCUCGGCUGGAGAGUUGGAUUUGAUCGUUUCAUUAACGCUUUGGGGCAGCUGACAGGCUCUUCGUGUCCCUACCUGAUAAAUGAUAUAGGUUGUUGUUGAUGAGACAGGCUGUCAAUAUUUAACUCAGGCUUCCUGAAUGCUGAGAUUACAGGUUACCAUCCAUGGUUUGAAUCAGGAAUGAAAUCUUCUGAAAUCUCAGAACAGAAAGCCUUUUGUUCAAUAUGGACGACCAAAGACGGCGAGCCCGAGUACAGGGAGCCUGGGCGGCUCAGCCAGCUACUACUGGUAGGGGUCAUCUUCCCCAGACACCGGGGCAGGCCUGGCGGAGGAAGCAGCUGCCUGACAGAGAGUUUGUGUUCAAAGAGCCUCAGCUGGUUGUGCGUACAGUCCCAGAGCCCAGAGUGAUUGACAGGGAAGGAGUGCAUGAAAUCAGCCUGUCACCCACAGGUGUGUCGAGGGUGUGUUUAUAUCCUGGCUUUGUGGACUUGAAGGAAGCUGACUGGAUAUUGGAGCGCCUUUGUCAGGAUGUCCCCUGGAAACAGAGGAUGGGCAUCAAAGAGGAUAUAACUUAUCCGCAACCAAGACUUACAGCAUGGUAUGGAGAGCUUCCUUACACUUACUCAAGAAUCACUAUGGAGCCAAAUCCUCACUGGCAUCCUGUGCUGUGCACUCUGAAGAGCCGCAUUGAGGAGAACACUGGGCACACCUUUAACUCUUUGCUGUGCAAUCUUUACCGGAACGAGAAGGACAGUGUGGACUGGCACAGUGAUGAUGAACCCUCGCUGGGGAGCUGCCCAGUCAUCGCGUCACUUAGUUUUGGUGCCACUCGGACUUUUGAGAUGAGGAAGAAACCCCCACCUGAAGAGAAUGGAGACUAUACAUACGUGGAAAGAGUGAAGAUACCACUGGAUCACGGGACCUUGCUAAUCAUGGAAGGAGCCACACAAGCUGACUGGCAGCACCGCGUGCCCAAAGAAUACCACUCCAGAGAACCGAGAGUAAACCUAACCUUCCGGACCAUUUAUCCAGACCCCAGAGGAACACCUGGAGAUGGGACAUGUCCACAAAGUUGCCACUGAGGUGGGGGCUGUGCACCUAGCAGCCCCUCCCCCACUCUUGGAAGCACUUUGAGAAGCUUCUCCAUGCACUCUGGUGAUGUGGCUGUUUGGAAAUUGUGGAGUUUGCUUCCCAGGUCCUCCUCCUUUGGAUGGGAGCCAUGUUGCCAGCAUGUCUACGAAGGGAACGGUUGCUCUGAGACAAAUCUCUAAAUCAAGGGCUACCAUUAGGCAAAUUAAACACUGCUAUAACUGUGCUCACA